AUCUUAUUGCUCAACCAGGAAACAAGCUGAUUCUCAAAGCUGAAAGGGUACCCUUCGGCUAUAGGCAUAAGCGAUGGUGCAGCUGGGACUCAGCAGCAGGACUUCUGGUGGCUCACCAGCCAGAACAGCUCUGUCCCACAACUGUGGAGGCUCUCAAAUGCUCUAAUGUCUCUCAAGUGUUAAAACACAGUUUUUAUGAAAAGCUUUUGCCCUCUGUUUUGAACAUGCUGACUAUUAAUCGUGCCCCAAGCUUUGGAACUGAUCAAAAGAUAGACUAUGAUGUGAAAAAAGGUGUUCUGCUAAAUGCAUUAAAGCUUCUUAACAUACGGACAAGUGAUAAAAGGAGAAAUUUAGCUCAACAGAAGGCUGAGGCUCAAAAAAGACUGUAUGGUCAAGGUUCAAUGAAAAAACUGCUGCCAGGUUCCUCAGACUGGGAGAAAAAGCGCCACACACUGGAAAGGAGAAAAGAAGAACUGAAGGAAAGGCUUGCACAAGUACGUAAACAGAUUUCCAAAGAGGAGCAUGAAAAUAAACAUAUGGGGAACUAUAGGCGAAUUUACCCUCCUGAUGAUAAGACAUUACUUGAAAAGUAUGAGAGUUUGUUAGCCACUGCUUUCCAGACGUUUCUUGCUGGGAGAGCAGCUUCACUUCAGCGGGAAAUGAAUAACCCUUUAAAAAGAAUGAAGGAGGAGGACAUUUUGGAUCUUCUGGAGCAGUGUGAGAUAGAUGAUGAAAAACUAAUGGGAAAAUGCACCAGGCAGCGAGGACCUAAGCCCUUAUAUUCAAUGCCAGAAUGUGCACAGCCCUUAAGAAAACUUAAGGACUACGAUAGUGAUAGUAGCUGUGAUAGCGGUAGCAGUGUGUCAGAAUCGGAGGAAGAAACUGAAAAGGAAGAUCACAAUGAAAAAAAGGAGAAAAAAGUUUCAUAUGAUCUUGAAGAAAAUAAAUGCAAAUCUUUGGAACGAUCAGGUAGAAUGAACUGGAAACCUUCAAUCAAAAAUACAAAAUCUCCAUCAAAUUCAUCCCCCACAUCAUCCACUGGUCCAAUAAGGCGUUCAGUAAGCUGCCCUCGUUCAAUAUCAAUAUUGACUAUGCAGUCACAAGCAGCUGAGCAACGAUCCUUUUCAGCCAAGGCAUCUACACAAAUCCAGCGUGCAUCCUCAGUGAACAGGUCUCAUUCUUUAAAUCGCAGCCCGUCUUCAGCCAGAGUCUCUCAGACACCCAGCUUGGGAACCACAAACUCUUUGGGGACUGAGUCUUUGCUGCAACAGAAAACAAAAGAGCAAGAAGUUGCUUUGACAAAAGAGACUCUUCUCAUUAUGAAUGACAUGAGAAUGAAGUUCCCAGGAAAAACAGAUGAAGAAUCAGAGUUAAUUAUAGAAGAUAUUAUGGAUAAUUGGAAGUAUCAUAAAACAAAAGUGGCAUCCUAUUGGUUGGUAAAACUGGAUUCUGCAAAGCAACGAAAAGUUUUGGAUAUAGUCAGGACAAGUGUUCGUGCAGUUCUACAGCGUGUCUGGAAGGCUCCAGACAUUGAAAAUUUACAUCUGUACCGUCUCUUCAACCGUGUAUUUAAUCGCUUACUUUGGUGCCAUGGUCAAGGUCUAUGGAGCUGUUUCUGUAGUACAGGGAGCUCUUGGGAAACCAUAUUCAGUAAAAGCACAGAGGUGGUGACUCCUGAGCAACUCCAGUGUUGCCAACGCGUAGUGCAGCUUUGUAAGCACUGCCUGCUGAUGGUUUACAAAUACUCAUCAGAUUCAAGAGGAUCCCCAACUGGGAUGAGCCCCCACUGGGAUGAUACAAGGUAUUUAUUGCCAGGACCUUCACUAUUUAUCAUGAAACCAUCCUCACCCAACCUUAGCUGCAGUUCGUCUGGAAUGCCUCGUCCUAACAUUUUGUUCACACGCAGAUACAGCCACUUGUGA